CUGAACAGAGAUCAUCUUCUUGUAAGAGGAAAGAGUACAACCACCAUGUUGUCUCGAACAUUUUGUUGUUCCGAAUCUGUCCGGCUGUAAAGCAUUUGACUACUUGAUAGUGUUUUGAGCCGUUGAGGAAAUGCCAACAGGCUUUCGAAAGUCUUUGAGUCUUAGCACUUUCUGUGAUAAAUAACGAGUAACACCAAGUCUCUUUCUCCCUUACGCAGCGUCUCUGGAGCGAUUCAGUCCCAGAUCGUCCGAGCCCUGCGUUGAAAAAUGGCAGGUUUCAGUAAAUAUGUGACCGCGAAGAACUCCUCAAUAGCAGGUGGACUUCUGCUGAUGUUAUACUUGCUGAAAAACAGAAGACGAAGGCCGAAGCAGGACUGUCCAAAACGAGGAUCAGAUUUGGUGCUGAACUUGGAGAAGGACGGCAAAAAAGACCGUGCAGCAGUUGACAAAAUGUUCUUUCUUCAAAUUCUACGGAUAGUGCGGAUCAUGGUACCUCAAUGUUUUUGCAUGGAGGCUGGAUACCUGAUCCUUAUUGCUGUGAUGUUGGUGGCCAGGACCUACUGUGAUGUAUGGAUGAUUCAGAACGGAACCAUGAUUGAAAGUGCAAUAAUUGGCCGCUCAACAAAAGAUUUCAAGACCUUCUUGUUCAGCUUUAUCCGAUUUAUGCCACUUAUAGCCUUGGUGAACAACUUCCUCAAGUUGGGCCUGAAUGAGCUGAAACUGAGGUUUCGAGAGAGGCUCACAAAGAACCUAUAUGACCAGUACCUACAGGGCUUCACCUACUACAAAAUGGGAAACUUGGACAACCGGAUUGCGAACGCAGACCAGUUGCUGACUCAGGAUGUGGAAAAGUUCUGCAACAGUGUGGUGGACCUCUACUCCAACCUCAGCAAGCCUUUGUUGGAUAUUGGUCUGUACAUCUUCAAGCUGACGAGUGCCAUUGGGGCUCAGGGCCCAGCCAUCAUGAUGUCAUACCUGCUCAUCUCCGGUUUACUGCUGACCAGAUUGAGGAGACCCAUAGGCAAAAUGACAGUCACGGAGCAGCGCUAUGAGGGAGAGUACCGCUACGUCAACUCUCGCCUCAUCACCAACAGUGAGGAGAUUGCAUUCUACAAUGGGAACAUGAGAGAAAAACAGACCAUUCACACUACGUUUAAAAAACUGGUUGACCAUUUACAUAACUUCAUCUUCUUUCGUUUCACAAUGGGAUUUGUGGACAGCAUAAUUGCCAAAUACAUUGCCACUGUUGUGGGCUACCUGGUGGUUAGCAGGCCAUUCUUAAACGUGUCCCACCCGCGACAUCAGCACAGCACACAGUCCGAGCUGCUGGAGGAUUAUUACCAGAGUGGGAGGAUGCUUCUGCGGAUGUCCCAGGCUCUCGGCAGAAUUGUUCUGGCCGGUCGAGAGAUGACCCGGCUCUCGGGAUUCACAACUCGUAUCACUGAACUGAUCCAAGUCCUGAAGGAUUUAAAUUCUGGCAAAUAUGAACGCACCAUGGUCUCCCAGCAGAAGGAUUUUGACACAGCCGAAAAUCUGACACUCGUGCCUGGAAAAGGUCAAAUUAUCAACAGAGAUAACAUCAUCAAAUUUGACCAUACCCCUUUAGCAACACCAAAUGGAGACAUUCUAAUCAGAGACCUCACAUUUGAGGUGAGUUCUGGCACCAACGUUCUUGUGUGUGGACCAAAUGGUUGUGGCAAGAGCUCACUGUUCAGAGUCCUUGGAGAGCUUUGGCCUCUGUUUGGCGGAGAACUGACUAAACCAGAGAGAGGGAAACUCUUCUAUGUUCCACAGAGACCCUAUAUGACACUUGGUUCUCUGAGGGACCAAGUGAUUUACCCUGACACCUUUGAAGAGCAAAGAAGAAAAGGAAUAUCUGAUCAGGUACUGAAGGAGUACUUGGAUAACGUUCAGCUGGGCCACAUCUUAAACAGGGAGGGCAGUUGGGACUCGGUGCAGGACUGGAUGGAUGUUUUCAGUGGAGGAGAAAAGCAGAGGAUGGCUAUGGCCCGACUAUUCUACCACAAGCCCCAAUUUGCUAUUCUGGAUGAGUGCACCAGCGCCGUGAGUGUGGAUGUGGAAGACUAUAUCUACAGCCACUGCAGGAUGGUGGGCAUCACUUUGUUCACAGUUUCUCACAGAAAGUCUCUUUGGAAGCAUCAUGAGUAUUACCUGCACAUGGAUGGCCGAGGCAACUACCAAUUCCAACCCAUCACAGAAGAAACUGUGGAGUUUGGCUCCUGACUGGUGACUCCUGAGUGAGAUGCAACGCUUUUACUAAUUCAGUCCAAACUUUGCACUGACGACAGUGGUUAGAACUGGAGCUCGAACAUGCCAUAACGGUGUGGUAAAUUACUAAUGAUUUUGCAAUGUAUUUGUUUUUUUUCCUUGGGACAUGUAAUUGUUCAUUUAAUUCAUGUGAUUUUAGGAAAAAUAGGUGUACUGCGAAUAUGAAGAUGUUUUACUCACACGCACAAAAAAGACAUUUGAAAUCAAUUAGACAUUAUGGCAUCAAUGCAUAAUAAUCUCAUGUCGCCAUAAAUGAUGUUCCAUGGUGAAGAGUGUCCAAGGCACUGUGAUAUUAUUAUUUUUAAAUAUUGCCAUUAUGUUCUUUCCCGAGGGUGUCAAACUCAAAAUACUCCCAAAAACAUUGGAUUUGAAAAAGGGAUUUGGUAACCAACAAUAUUGCAACAUAAAAGUUCAGACCAUUGACAAGUUUGCUCCAGAUUUGCUUCAGCGGGCCGCAUGAAGUGAUGUGACGGGCGGAGCCGGCCUUGAGUUUGACACCCGUGCCUUAAGGUAGUCAAUAAAUCCGCAUUGUCUUAUUUUCUGAGAAAGAUGAAAUGUUUCACUGCUUCGUGCAUUUUGGGGGUCCCUGCCCUCAUCCCCAAAAAUAUAUCUGUUCAUAUUUGGGUUUUUUGUUUCUGUUUCUGUUUUUGUUUUUGGGAGGAUCGCAAUUGUUGGAAUGUGAACAGCUGUUUGAUACUCGGAUGGCUUUAUGAUUAACUAGCGCUCGAAGCAAGAGUCUCAAUUAAAGUCGGGCCGGUGGUUAUGUCA